CAGCAACAUGGACACAGAUCAUCGCACGCCGCCAUUGAGCUCUCAUGGCCUAUGACGCAUGCCGAUGAGGAUACUGGCGGAGCAUCUCGACGUGUCGGAGACGAGGGGCCGCUGCCCUGCUUCGGCACCUUGGACCAGGGCGCGGGCCUGCAGGAGGUGUCCGUCAUCCGGGCGAUCGAGGAGUACCUGGCCUACCACCAGCUCGCGGAGCCCUUGCAGGUCUUUCGCCGCGAGGUGGAAGGUGCAGAGCUCCGCAAGAAGCCGAGCGCCGCCUCUCAGCAGGCGGCGCAGGAUGAGGAGGUGCUGGGCCAUUUCGACCUGGGCGCGCGUGAGGCAUUCAGCGCGGCGUGGCAGCGCGUGGUGCCUUGUGAGCGCCAGAGCUGCCCGGAGGGUCGCGCCCUGCAGCUGAAGCUCCAGGCGCACUUCGCAAUCUUCCGCGCGCGAGAGGCUUUGCAGGAGGGCCGCGAGCCUAGCGCUGCAGAGCUGCAGGAUCUGGAAGCCUUCCGCGGCUUCCUCAGCGAGCGCGGCCAGGAUGAGGUGAGCGGCCAGGAGUCGCUGAUGCCACUCUUUGCUCUGCCCUUCGUCCAGCGCCCUCACGCGCACCCUGACAUGUCCGAGGUCUUCUCCGGGCGCUGGCUCGAGACCUUGCGCUCGGAGGUGCAGGCGAUGCUGCGCUCGGCGCGAGAUCCGAUUCCACUGGUCUACGACCUCUUGCAGCCUAGCGAGCGCAGCUCGUGGCAGGCAGUGUGGGCGGAGCUGGUGCGGCUGUCGGAUGCGGGACUGGACGCCAUUUCCUUGCUCUCGCAGGGGGUGGCGGUGGCGCCGCACGCGCUGGCAGAGGCACGCCAACAGCUCGAGCUCUUGCGGGAAUCCGUGCCCGGAGGCUUGGAGCUGCAGCUGGGAUCUCGCGAGGCCGUGGACAGGCACGGGCCCAUGAGCCCGGCCCGCUCCGUGCGGUCCCGCGCCGCCACGGCGCGCCCGGCGCGGCCCCGGCUGCCGCCGAUCGACUUUGCAGCGCUGCGGGGGUUCGUGUGUGACACGCAGGUUCGGGAGAACACCGCGGCCGUGCUGCGGGCGGUGCUGCAAAGGCUCACCAGCGCGGAGACGCAGCUGGCGGAGCGCCGGGGCUUUCUGGUGGCCAUCCCCUGCUUCGACGUCCUGGGGGUGGCGGGCGCCGCUGACGCGCUGCCCAGGCUGCUGGAGGGUCCGGAGGUGGAUCUGACGCUCGGCAUACUUGCAGCUCUCGCCUGCGAGGCGGGAGCUCUUGCCUGUGGGCCCAGGUCUGCAUAUCGCUUUGGCCACAUCGAAGUCUGUGACCAAGAAUGA